UUAAUAAUUUAAACUGGGUUACUUAGUCCAUUUGCAUUUAUUAUGUAUCCUGACAUACUGGAACACUAUGUAUGGUUGUAUGACUGAUGGGUGCAAAUGUAUGUGCGUAUGUGUUUGUAUCACCUUGUUUUGUGCUUUCUAUUUCUCCUACUCGUUUUCACAUGUUUUGCCUUCUUUUAGGUUUUCUUCUCUAGUCAUUUGGAAGUCUUUGUUAGUGUCCUCCUAAUUUCAACAUGCAUACUUAAGCUAUGAGAGUGUAAAUUUAGUUUAUUAUUUUCUGGGUGAUAUAAGAACUUUACAAUUAAUUCCUCUCGAAUUAUGCUUUUGUAGUCUAUUUUAAAUUUAUUUUAAACUUUUUAUUUUGACAAAAUUGUAGAUUCACAUAAAAUUGCAGGAAGUAAUAUAAAGAAUCUGGGCAGAGUGGUACAUGCUUGUAAUUCCAGUGACUUGGGAGGUUGAGGUUGGAUGAUGACAAGUUUGUAAGCCAGUCUGGGCAACUUGGAAAGACACUGCCUCAAAAUAAACAAAAAGUACUAGGGAUAUAUUUCACUGGUAAAGCACCCAGGGGUUCCAUCCUUAGUACCAAAAUAAUAAAAUUAUGUAAUAAUUUUAGGUAAGAUUCCAGAUAUCCUCUGCUCAGUUUCUCCCAAAGUCAUUGUGUAAGGAUAGCAUAGUGUCGUACCAGGACACUGACAUUCAUACACUCACCAACUACUCAGAUUUCGCCGUCCUCUCUGUGCUCAUUUAUGACAUGUGGUUACACAGAUAUACCACCACCACCAAGACGCCCACAAUUCUAUUCGAAGGAUCCCUCAUGAUACCUUUUCUCACCUGCAAUUUUUCUCUCCUUCUCUCCUUCACUCCUGGAAACUGUUAAUUUGCUCUUUAUCUCUAUAAUUCUGUCACUUCGAGAACACAUACAAAUGAAAUGAUACAGAAUUCAGCACUUAGAGAUUGACUUUUGUUCAGUUAGCAGAAAUCUCUUAAGGUCUAUCCAGUUGUUUAAAAAUUUUAUUUAUAUAUAAUAUAAAUAAUAAAUUUGUCAAUGGACCUUUAUGUAUUUACACGUGGUGCUGAGAGUCGAACCCAGUGCUUCACACAUGCCAGGCAAGCACUCUACCACUGAGGCACAACCCAGCCCCAUCAAGUGUUUUGACAGACUUUCAUUUUAUCUGAUGGGAUAUUACUUCUAUUAUUUAUAUAUUUAGUUUUUACUUUAUCUACAAUCAUGGCUUGGAUUUGGAGUACUCCCUUAAGUCAUGUGCUAAAGUCUUGGCCCCAGUGCAGCAAUAUUCAGAGGUAGGGCUUUUGGGAAGUGUUUGGCUCUAACCUCAUCAAUGGAUUAAGCCAUUGAUAGAUUCACAUCUGAAUGGACUAUUGGGAGGUGUUAGAAACUGUAGGAGGUGGGACCUAGUUGAAGAGGAUGAGUCCUCAGGGUGUGCCCUUGGGGACUAUAUCUGGUUUCUGGUUCCUUCCUCUUUCUGGCAGCUUCCAGGCCAGGAGGUAAGGGAUUUCACUCUGCUGCACACUCACCACCAUGGUGUUCUGCUUCGCCACAAGCCCAAAGCAUGGGGCCAAGAGACUGUGGACUGAAACCUAAACUAUGGACUUUGACAAAGUUAAAACUUGUUUUUCUGUAUGGCCGGUGGUUUCUAAGAGUAGCACACAGCAAUGGAACACACAAAGCAAUUUGGAUUGUGGAAUUUGCAGCAGCAGUAAUAGUUGAAACCAUGCCAUCCUCAAAGCCUCAUCCACCUGUUGUGGGCAAAGUGACUCAUCACAGCAUUGAGUUAUACUGGGAUCUGGAAAAGAAGGAGAAAAGGCAAGGUCCUCAGGAACAGUGGCUUAGAUUCUCAAUUGAGGAAGAAGACCCCAAAACGCACACUUACGGUAUCAUUUAUACGGGAUAUGCAACGAAGCACGUCAUUGAAGGUCUGGAACCGAGGACACUAUACAGAUUCCGACUAAAGGUCACCAGCCCCUCUGGAGAAUGCGAGUACAGCCGCAUCAUGUCGGUAUCCACGACCAGAGAACCCAUUAGCAGUGAGCACUUUCAUCGAGCUGUCAAUGUGAAUGAUGAAGAUUUGCUUGUUCAAAUCCUUGAAGGAGGCCAUGUCAAGGUUGAUGUUCCCAAUAAGUUUGGCUUUACUGCUCUGAUGGUUGCUGCCCAGAAAGGAUAUACCAGGCUUGUGAAAAUCUUAGUUUCUAAUGGUACAGAUGUGAAUCUGAAGAAUGGCAGUGGCAAGGACAGUCUUAUGCUUGCAUGCUACGCGGGACAUCUGGAUGUUGUGAAAUACCUCCGCAGACAUGGGGCUUCCUGGGAGGCUAGAGACCUGGGCGGCUGCACAGCUUUGCACUGGGCUGCAGAUGGAGGCCACUGCACUGUGAUCGACUGGAUGAUAAAGGAUGGCUGUGAGGUGGACGUUGUGGACACUGGUUCAGGGUGGACGCCGCUCAUGAGAGUCUCUGUGGUGUCGGGCAGCCAGAAGGUGGCCUCGCUCCUCAUUGAGGCUGGGGCUGAUGUGAAUGUGAGAGACAAAGAUGGGAAGACACCGCUCAUGGUGGCCGUAUUAAAUAAUCACGAGCAGUUGGUUGAGUUACUUCUUGACAAAGGGGCAGAUGCAAGUGUGAAAAAUGAGUUUGGCAAAGGGGUCCUAGAAAUGGCCAGAGUGUUUGACAGACAGAAUGUAGUCUCCUUAUUAGAAGAAAGGAAAAAAAAGCUGCCUCGGAAGUCCUCUGUCCACUGAUCAGAGCACCAGCUGCCUGAGAAAUUCAAGCAAAAUAAAACAAAAAAUGACUGUUGAACUGGACGUGAUAUUCUGCGUCCUUGAGGGCUGUAUAUUUAUUUAGUUGAAGACUCGCAGUAUUUUUUUGUAACAGACGGCUAUUCCCACAUUGAAAUACAUCUUUUUACCUAA